AUGCCCGACAACGAAAUCGCCGCCAACCGCUCAACGCUCAAAGAGUUCUUCGCCAGCGUGGCCACCAUCCGCGGCGACCUCUCCAACAUCACCGCCCCGCCCUUCGUGCUCUCGACCUCCUCCACCGUUGAGCUGCCGCAGCACUGGGCGUCACGCCCCAAUGUCUUCGCCACGCCCACACUCGCGCAAACGCCCGAGGAGCGCAUGAUGAAAGUGGUACGCUGGUGGCUGUCGUCGUUGCGCGGCCAGCAGUACGCGGGGCGCGAUCCGGCCGAAGGGGUCAAGAAGCCAUUGAACGCCGUGUUGGGCGAGGUGUUUGUUGCGCAGUGGGGUUCGUCGGGUGACGCAGAGGAAGGCACGACGUUCCUGGUCAGCGAGCAGGUCUCGCAUCACCCGCCCGUCACGGCGUGCCGCGUGUGGAACGACCGCGUGGGCGUCGAGGCCGAGGGCUUCACGCGCCAGGAGAUCACGCUGGCCGGUGGGGGGGUCAAUAUCAGGCAGAUGGGCUAUGCGCUCUUCUCGCUGAGGAACUGGGGUGAGACGUACCUGAUCCCGCUGCCGGAUGUCAAGGUCAAGGGCGUCCUGACGGGUACGCCGUAUCCGGAGCUGGGUGGGCAUUAUCAGAUCGUCUGCACCAGUGGGUGGGCCGCCAGCGUGGAUUUUUCGGGCAAGGGAUUCUUGGGCUUGGGAGGUGGGGGUCGGAAGCAUGGCUUUGAGGCCAAGGUGUAUCGAGAGGGCGAGGAGGGGAGGCCGGUGUACAGCUUGAGUGGGAACUGGGAUGCCGAGUUUACGAUCACGGAUGAGCGUACGGGGAGGGACGUUGAGACUUUCGAUGUUGCGAGAGAGCCUGCGGUGGAGGCGACGACGUUGCCUCUGGAACAGCAGGAUCCGUAUGAGACGGGGAGGGUGUGGAAGGGGGUCCGGGAGGCUCUGAACCGUGGGGAUAUGCAGGGAGUGAGUGAUGCCAAGAAUGUGCUGGAGGAGGGUCAGAGGGAGAUGCGGAAGGUGGAGGAGAGGGAGGGGAGGCAGUGGCAGAGGCUGUUCUUCAGGGAUGUAGGCGAGGACAGCGUUGGGGUGGACUUGAUGAGAAGAGUGGGCGGAGAAUGGAAGCCAGAGCAGACGGUGGGUGUCUGGAAGUUUGAUCUACGAGCCUGGGAAGAGAAGAGAAGGCCGUACCGUGGCGGACUGAGGCCCGACAACGAGAUGGGAGGGGCCAUGGGCAACGACACCGCGAAUGGGUUUGCUACCUCUCAACGAUCUCCUGCGAGUGGGAAGGCACAAGCAGUCAACGGCCUAAGCAACGAACCGCUAUCCGACCGGUCAACACCAUCAACAGCUACUUCUGCGAACGACAAGGUUCUACCACCGAUCCCAGCGCAGAUUCAACAGCAAGAAGCCCAAGAUGCAAAACUUGCGGAUGGACUUGGAGAAAUGUCAUUGGAAGAGCAGGCCGCGGUCGAGGAGAUGCUCCGGGACCAGUACAGCUCCAGACGCAGCAAGAAGAGGUAG